UGAAUAUCUUGCAAACAGGGCCAGCUCUUUGCCUUCUGUCGCUACUUUUGGUGAGGCCGCUUGGCAACCCUGCCUCCCCGCAGCAGCGUUGUCAGCCCUUCAACAACGGUGUGGCGGCCAGGCAGCACGUGUUGGGAACCCUCGGCAUCAUAUCAGAAUCAUGAGGCACGUAGCCGCUUACCUGCUGGCUGCCAUGGGCUCCGGCCAGCCAACUGCUGCCACCAUCAAGGCCAUUCUGGGCAGUGUGGGAGUGGAGGCUGACGACAAGCAGCUUAAUGUCCUCAUCGACAAGCUCUCAGGAAAGAACAUUGCCCAGCUCAUUCAGGAAGGUGCUGCCAUGAUCUCCUCCAUGCCAGCCUGCGGCGGUGGUGGCGGCGGAGCUGCUGCCCCAGCGGCUGGCGGCGGCGGCGGUGGUGCUGCUGCCCCCGCUGCUGAAGAGAAAAAGGAGGAGAAGAAGGAGGAGCCCGAGGAGGAGUCUGAUGAUGACAUGGGCUUCGGUCUCUUUGAUUAAAUAAACUUGGUCUAGUGAA